AGAGCUGAAGGCGUUUCAUGAUUGAUGAUGACCUGAAGCUGGUGUUCGCUGUUGUGGUGUUUGCCUCCAUAACCGCUGAAGGUUACGUGAACAGCAGCACUGAAAACCAGGUGAAGUGUGUCUUCAACAGGAAUGAAGGGGCGUGUCAUUACGGCGUGGGCAUCGGCGUCAUCUCCUUCCUGGCCUGCAUCGCCUUCCUAUUGGCUGAUGCGUUCCUUCCGUCGAUGAGCAAUGCUCAGGAGAGGAAGUACGUGGUGAUGGCUGAUCUGGGCUUCUCAGGUGAGACGUUCCUCAAGUCAUUUGUGUGUCGGUAG